AAUACUUUGUUCUGGAUCUUUAUGUUUCUAUACGAUCUCUGCUUCUUCUGUUAGUGAAAAAAAAUUAGGGGUUGGGUAAGAAUUGGAAUUUGAACUAUAAUGGAGAGCUAUAUGAAUGAAGCUUUCCUGGCAGUGAAAGCGAAACACUCGUCGGAAGAGGUAUUGCAGGCAUGGAGGAAUCUAUGCGGUGUUAUAAAGAACCGAAAGCGAAGGUUUCGAUUCACUGCCAAUCUUUCAAAACGAUACGAGGCUGCUGCUUUGCGCCGUACUAAUCAGGAGAAGUUACGGAGUGCUGUUUUGGUUUCAAGAGCUGCAUCUCAAUCUAUUCAAUGUGCGCAGCCAAGUGAGUACACUGUACCUGAGGAAGUUAAAGCUGCAGGCUUUCAGAUUUGUGCUGAUGAAUUGGGAUCCAUUGUCAAAGAGCAUGAUACAAAGAAGCUCCAAUUUCAUGGCGGGGUGGCUGGAGUUGCGAAAAAGCUUUCCACGUCAAUUGAAAACGGGCUUGCUGAUAAUCAUGAUUCAAUAAAGCGCAGACAAGAGAUUUACGGGAUCAAUGAAUUUUCAGAGGAUGAACCUAAAGGUUUUGGGGUAUUUGUUUGGAAUGCCCUUCAAGACAUUACUUUUAUGAUCCUCGGACUGUUUGCUUUUCUGUCUUUGAUAAUUGACAUAGCAGUGCAUGGAUGGCCAGAUGGGGCAGAUGAUGGCUUCAGGGCCCUUGCUUGCAUCUUGUUGGUUGUCUUUAGCAGAGCAUUAAGUGGAUAUCGCCAAUCAUCAAGUUCCAAGCAGACAAAGGAGAUUCCUAUUCUGGUUACAAGAAGUGGAUACAAGUGGAAACUUCCAGUAUACGACUUAGUUCCAGGUGAUAUUGUACAUCUGUCUAUUGGAGACCAAGUUCCUGCCGAUGGACUAUUUAUUUCUGAAUCCUCUAUGCUAAUUGAUGAAUCCAGUUUAACUGGUAAGAGUAAGGUUGUGGUGAAUUCCCAAAAUCCUUUCCUUCUUUCUGGAACUUGUCUUUGUGGGACACCAGUCAAAGACGAAUCAUGCGGCAAAAUGAUGGUCACCGCAGUUGGAAUGAGAACCCGAUUGGGUAACAAACUGAUAGGAUGUGGAGCUAAAGAAGCUCCCUGGCAGUUGAAGUUAAUUAGAAUAGCAACCAUUAUUGGGAAUAAACGUCUUUUCUUUUUCUCUGUGACUUGGGCAAUUUUAGUGACGAUAUUGUUUGGUCAUAAACUGCAGUCUGAAGUUGACGUAUUGGAAUUGUUGGAACUCUUUGCUGUUGCAGUUGUGAAACAAGGCAUUUGACAACAUAUGAAGACAAAGAGGUUAGCAUGUUUGUUGCAGAGGUACCUUCUGUCGUGUACGUAGGCUACGUAGGAAAAGAAGGUAGAAAAAUAGAAAGUUGAUUUUAUUAUUUUCGUAUUGAUACUUCUCGGCUUGUAACACUAUUGUAUUGUUUAAGAAGGUUGUAUUCAAUCUUGAUUUUGAAGUAUAUUUAUAGAUUUUUGUGGAAUUAAAAAGGUUAAUGUAUUUGAUA